CUUGAGAUGAUAAAUAGAUCUGCAAUAAGCCGAAAACUGUGACUGUGUUUGCUCUUGUUUACAGUUGUGUGUCAAUUGUCAAAGAUUAAUAGAAAGAAACAGAUAUGUUCCAAUUUUUAUGGCUUAUUACAUGCAUGCAAAUUGUUUAAUGGGAGGGGAACUCUACAAUCACAAAAACAAAUCUGACAUGGAAAUAUUCUUGACUAAACCGCCACGAUGCAAAUGUGAUUAUCCCUUUCGCUCAAUAAAAAAACCAGGCCUGGAUCCAUUCAGCACAGAGCUUCCACAGCAGCAGCUGGUGCUGGAGGUGAAGUAUGGAUCUGUCUGGUGCUGUGCUUCUUUCCUUCGGGUGGCUGAUGCUACCGUUGGCUGACGGGAAACUAGACUACAACACUCACGGACAGGGGAUGCAGCUGCAAGGCGACUUCUUACUCGCUGGACUCUUUUCUCUCCAUUACACGGAUGAACCAAGUGCUGUUUUUCCUGCUUUAAGUAAAUGCAAUGAAGGUAAACCCAACAAACACGGAUAUUACCUUUUGCAGGCCAUGAGAUUCGCUGUGGAAGAAAUCAACAACGGCACCGGACCGCAGCCACUUUUACCACGGGUGAAAUUGGGCUACCAGAUAUACGACACAUGCUCGAUGUCUGCUGCUAUUCUGGCCACACUGGACCUGCUGGAGCAGCACCAGCGGAGCCCGUCUACACCUGAGACAGAGGGAAACACUAACUACGACAGGCAAAAGACACUGGCUGUGAUUGGGCCAGACAGCAGCAGCAAAUCAUUCACCCCGGCUGCUUUACUGGGGGCAUAUCUUAUACCACAAAUCUCUUACGAAGCAUCAACUGAAAUGCUGAGCAACAAGCAAAUCUAUCCAGCCUUUUUCCGCACAAUUCCAAGUGACAAGAACCAGGUGACGGCUAUGAUCCACCUUCUCGUCCGUUUCAACUGGACCUGGGUUGCUCUCUUGGGCAGUGACAACGAUUAUGGCCUGCAGGGCAUGGAAAGCCUAUUCCAGCAAGCACCACUCCACGGUAUCUGCAUCGCCUACCAAGGAGUCAUCCCCGUGUACAAAGACAACACGGUCCGGACUUUGAGGAACAUAGUGGAAAGCAUACAGACUGCUAACGUCCACACCAUUGUGGUCUUCGCCAGCAAGUCAAUAGCUAAGGACUUCUUCAUGUUUGUCAUUGAUCAGAACAUGACAGGUAAGGUGUGGAUUGGGACCGAGGACUGGUCAGCGUCUAGUCUCAUCUCAAAGAUACCUGGUAUUCACACUAUUGGUACUGUGCUCGGCGUCUCCCUUAAAUUUGGAUCCAUUUCUGGUUUUGAAGUGUUUGAGAAAAAAGUAGUUAAGGCCUCGAUGCAACGUAACGAAACCCAGAAAGUCUUUAAUGUUACCAUGAGCCCAGACAAUGACUGUCUGAACAGCCAAGACCUGUACAGCCUGGCCAGCAACACAUUUUCAAUGGAGAAAUAUGACAUCACCUCCUCCUUCAAUGUGUAUAAGGCAGUUUAUGCUGUGGCUCAUGCUCUGCACCAAGGACUUGGUUGUGAUUCUGGAGAGUGCCAAAAGAAGACGGUGUAUCCUUGGGAGCUGCUGUUGUGGCUUAAGGAGGUGAAAUUCUCACUUGGCAACACUUCUGUGAACUUUGAUACAAAUGGUGACCCGCCACCAGGAUAUGACAUCAUUGUUUGGGUCUGGAGGGGGAUGGACUGGUCAAUCAAAGAGGUGGGAUCAUUCAGCCCAGGACCCAUAGAUCUCUCAGUUGAUGCUGAUCAAAUUGAGUGGCACGGCACAGGAAACUCAAGAACGGUACCGCUAUCCAUCUGCUCUCCACCUUGCCCGAGAGGCUUCCAAAAGCUGCUGACGGGGCAACAUGCAUGCUGCUUCGACUGCCAGGCCUGCCCCUCUGCUACUUUUCUCAAUAUAAGUGAACCCACUACAUGCCAGCCGUGCCUGCCGGGGGAGUGGGCUCCCUCUGCCAGCGAGGAGUGUCUGGACAGGACUGUCCUGCUGCUUGCAUGGGAUGACCCCCUCUCCAUCGCACUGCUCUUCUUUCUGGCCGCCUGUCUUCUCAUGACCUCAAGCUCCGCCGUAAUCCUCCUGCUCAACCUGAACACGCCCGUGGCCAAGUCUGCCGGGGGCCGCACCUGCCUCCUGAUGCUGGCAGCCCUGACUGUGGCUGCACUGAGUUCUUUGUGCCAUUUUGGCCAGCCGUCUCCUCUGGCCUGUAUCCUCAAGCAACUUCUAUUCAUCGUCAGCUUCACUGUGUGCCUGGCCUGCAUAACCGUGCGCUCGCUCCAGGUCGUUUGCAUUUUUAAAUUUUCAUCAAAACUGCCGCCGGUCUAUGACAAGUGGGCCAAAAACCGCGGACCAGAGUUCACCAUUUUCUUCAUGUCCGCCGCCGUCCUGUUCAUAUCUGUGAUCCGUAUGGUGGUCAACACCCCACGGCCCUCUCAGGAUCUGGACUUUUACGAGGACAGCAUUGUGUUGGAGUGCAGCAACACCCUCUCCCUUGUUUCAAGCCUUGAGCUCGUCUAUGUGUCACUACUCAGUAUCCUCUGCUUUUCUUUCAGCUACAUGGGCAAAGACCUGCCAGCCAACUACAACGAGGCCAAGAGUGUGACCUUCAGCCUCAUGGUGUACAUGAUCUCCUGGAUGAGCUUCUUCACCCUCUACCUCAUUAGCAGAGGCCCGUUCACUAUGGCCGCGCACGUGUUCGCCAUACUCUUCAGCGUUGCGGCCUUCUUCGGGGGCUACUUCCUCCCCAAACUUUAUAUAAUCGCCCUGAAGCCGCAAAUGAACACUGCAGCUCAUUUCCAGAACUGUAUCCAAAUGUACACAAUGAGCAAACAAUGAGGAUUGCAUUGGUUUUAGUUGAUGAAAGAUAGAUGAAUUGUAUGAUGCAGGGACACCAGGUAAAAUCUCUGAAACAACACAGGUUGAGUUUCUUUUUCAAAUGUAUUUAACAACUGAGUUUUUUCUACAUGAAGCAGAAAGAAAAGAAGGAAGAAAAUACUUUAACAAACAUUAUCUUUUGUUUGCAUACAUUUUUAAAUCCAGGUUGACUUAUGUUGGAGUGAUUCAUGCUAUUUAUUGAUGAAAAUGUAACUUUGGAUAUCCAUGACAUUUGUAAUUUGAUGACUUAUUAUAGUUCCAGCCAGUUGUUGUUGAGCUGAAUCCACGUCCCUUGAUAACACUUUGCUUUACAUCACACUGACUUUUGACACCCAAGGACAGCCUGGUACUUUUGAUACAGAGCAUUUCAUACGUUGUGUAUCCGUAUGGUAUUUUCCUGGCAUAGUGAAUAGAAUGGUAGCAUAGACCAUAAAUGGACGUGUGUCCAUGUGACAUGUUGGAGGGGAUCAACAGCGCCCCUAGUGGCUGCACUAACGACUGU